AUGUCUAUAUUUCACGAAGAGUGUCCUGGACUGAGAAAGCAGGAAAUGGAUUACACAUGCAUUUGUGUUGAGUCGGAAGAAUGUAGCAUGAUAAGAGGUUGUAUAGUCCUCGACCUCUACAGGGUGUUACAGAAAGCGAGCUCCGGGGCGGCGGCGCUGCUGGUGGCCGCGGCGCUCGACGACGGGCUGUCCGACCUGCGGGACCUCUUCUGGCCGCUCAACGACUCCUGGCUGCUCGACGGCUUCGACGACUUCGACCACGACCACUUUGAGAACGCCGGCGACUUCUUCCCGGAGGCGCAGAGCACGGCUGCGCCGGCCGCGCGGCCGCCCCCGGGCCCGCCGGACCCUGAGUUCGACUCCAACCUGGUGACCAACGUAACGGCACAGCUGGGCGGCACCGCCUUCCUGCACUGCCGCGUCCGCAACCUGGGCGAGCACACGGUGUCGUGGGUGCGACGCCGCGACUGGCACAUCCUCACCUCGGGCCUCUUCACCUACACCAACGACGAGCGGUUCCAGGUGGCCCACUCCACUGACGAGGACUGGAGCCUCCAGAUCAAGUACGUCCAGAAGCGUGACAACGGCACCUACGAAUGUCAGGUGGCGACCGGGGGCGGCACGAUGUCGCACUACUUCAACCUGCACGUGGUGGCGCCGGCCGCCUUCAUCCUGGGCAGCGGCGAGUACCACAUCGGCGAGGGCAGCACCAUCUCGCUCGUCUGCAUCAUCGAGAACAGCCCGACGCCGCCGCAGUACGUGUUCUGGUUCCACAACGAGCGCGUCGUCAACUACGAGGGGUCGCGCGCCGUCGCCGUCAGCACGGAGCCGGGCCCGCGCACGCACUCGCGCCUCCUCAUCCCGCGCGCCACGCGCCGCGACUCGGGGAACUACACGUGCAGCGCGCCCGACACGCAGCCCGACACCAUCAACGUCUACGUCUCGCAGGGUGAGUCGCUGCCGCCUGCGCUCCCGCCCUCUGCAACACCCUGCGUGCCCAGCACAACACUCCCCGAUCCGUUCUAUAUGGCUUCUCGUCACUGUUGGACUUCUACAACAGACACAGGACACCACACAAGAGAUGCAGCUGACGGUCGCUCCAGGCUCAACCGUGGUGGCUGCCAGUGCUUCCACCGAGAGCGUGAUAGGCCAGGCCCAAGACGGAGGCUCGCGGUGAGCCCCGGCAGGCGUGGGCAGACGCUGAGACGCGGUGUGCUGCAGGGGACAACACGGCGGCCAUCCAGCGGCAGGCGGCGUCCGCCCCCCGGCCGCCGCCCCCCGCCCCUCUGCUGGGGGCGGCCCUCGCCAUCGCGGCUGCCGCCUCCGGUCGGGCGCGCGUACGCAGCUGAUGGCGCCGCCGGCCGCCGGCCGCUCGCUUGGGCCUCGCAGUCACCUGCUCGCUUCAUCAGACGGGUGUGUCAACGGGCUGCCUGCAGAGAAGUGAACAGCUUGUUUCAAGGCGUUCUGCAUUUGCUCCAGGAUGCAGCCGAGGACGUAGUUCUUCGACAAGUGGACGCCAGGAAAGACUGGAACUGUGUGAAUGAGGUGUUCUCUCCAAUGAAAGAGAAGCCUUCUGUACAGAUCUAUCAAAGUGUGAUACGUGGAAUUACAUUUAACGGAAAGUGGGAGACGUGACUUUGGGGACGAAGAGAAGUUAUUUGAAUUACACAUGGCUUUGUAAAUAAAUGUAUCAUUGUUAAUUUUAA